GGGAAUAGUGGCUUGAGCCAUGAGUUACGUCUUCAGCCAAGGUUUUCGCCUGGUCAUCCCGUACCUGGACACCUGUAGGAACCGUGUGAAGGCUGCAUGGGUGGGAAGAAAAAUAGAGCAGGUGGUACUGGAGCAUCUCCCGUUUGUCAGCGAGCAGAUCUUGGCGUGUGCGUUUGAGACCCGCCGUGUGUUGGUAGACGGGGAGCCAGUGGAGCCUUCUCACUCCCUCUCCCUCGGUCAGACCUGGGAGAUGAUCUUCCAUCGACAUGAGACCGAAGUGUUGGACACCCGGGUGGAGAUUCUGCAUGUAGACGAGGACCUUGUGGUGGUCAACAAACCUCCCUCCAUCCCUGUUCACCCCAUCGGCAGGUUUAGAAAAAAUUCGGUGGAUAUGAUUCUACGGGAGGAGCACCCUGAGCUACUGGCAGAUGGGAAAUGUCUAAAACUUGUCCACAGACUGGACCGCCUUGUGUCAGGUGUACUGGUGAUAGCUAGAACCACAGAGAAAGCUGCUCUGUUCCACAAACACCUGCAACAAGACUUCAUUGAGAAGGAAUACGUCGCUAGAGUCAAGGCAAGAACACUUACCUUUGUCUAGUAGUGUCUCACUCGAUGGUGUAUAGGGGAAAUUUCCUGAGGGACGACUUGAAGUCAGGGAACCAAUAGCUAAAGUGCAGGAUGAUCCUCCUCUCUAUUCUGUGGACAGAGGUGGAAAGGCGUGUCACACGGUGUUUGAGAGGGAGAGUGUGUCGGUGAAGUGUGACCAAUCUCUGGUCCGCUGCAGACCAGUCACCGGCAGACCACACCAGAUCAGAGUCCAUCUACAGUGGCUAGGUCAUCCAAUUGUGAAUGAUUACAAGUAUGGAGGAACACUUUUGGAGAAUAGUCCUAGAGUCCUUCCUCCAGAGCCUACUGACUACCAGCGAGAGGCCUGGUGUACAGAGUGCCAGCAGGGAGGGAGGGACAUUGGCUCUGUGUCACAAGAAGAGCUUACUGCCACCUCCAUCUGGCUCCAUGCUGUGAAGUACUCCAACACCCACCCUUUCUAUGAGUGGACCUUCCAAAGCCCCAGACCUCCUUGGGCUACCAGCUUCUAAACUCACAUUGCUCAGCCAUGUGUAAUAAUAAUAAUCACA